AUGUAUUUUUUGGAUGUACUGGGAUCUGUGUUUACGUAUCGACUGAUCCUGCUGCUGUUGUGCGGCUGGGAGGCGGUUCAUGGACAGCUCUCCUAUUCGGUUUCAGAGGAGGUAAACCCGGGGACGUUUGUGGGAAAUAUCGCCAAGGAUUUAAAUCUGAAUGUACAUGAGCUUGAGUCGCGUACAUUUCAGAUUGUCGCCGGUUCUCAGAAGAAGUAUUUCGAGGUGAAUUUAAAGACAGGAAUUUUGUUUGUGAAUGAGAGAAUUGACCGAGAGGAGCUUUGCCCGAACGCACCCAAAUGUGUGGUUAGUGUCGAGGCUGUUAUUAAUAAUCCUUUGAGAGUUUACCGUGUGGAAGUCAAUAUUGUGGACGUCAAUGACAAUGCUCCGUCUUUUCGAGCAAAAUCUCAGAAUUUUAAUAUAACCGAGAUCACCUUGCCCGGAGUGCGUUUUCCUUUGCCCAGGGCGUACGAUGCGGAUGUAGGGAAAAAUUCUGUAAACUCGUAUAAGCUGAGUCCAAAUGAACACUUCUCCUUGGCUUUACACAAAGGAGAGAGUGUAUCUGCUGAGUUGGUGCUGCAGAAAGCUUUAGACCGAGAGAAACAGCCUGAGAUUCAGCUCCUACUGACUGCUGUGGACGGAGGAAAUCCGGCGAAAUCUGGCACCAUGCAAAUUAUUGUGAAUGUGUUGGACGUUAAUGAUAACCCUCCAGUUUUCAACAGUUCUUUGUAUAAAGUUAGCGUCUUUGAAAACAUAUUGCCAGGUACAUCUAUAAUAACUCUGACUGCAACUGAUUUAGAUGCAGGUGCCAACGGUGAAAUUCGUUAUUCAUUCAAUAAGCUUGAGCAAGACAAUAUCCCAGAUAUGUUUUCAAUUGAUCCCCAGACCGGAACAGUAACGGUGAAUGGCAUCAUUGAUUUCGAAGAAAACAGUGCGUUUGAAAUCCAUGUCCAAGCUGAUGACAGAGCACAGUCUCCCAUGUCUGCUCAUUCUAAAUUGUUGAUUGAAGUGGUGGAUAUUAACGAUAAUGCUCCUCAAAUAACCGUGACGUCACUUUUAAACGUCGUGAAAGAAGACGCAAAGGUAGGCACUGCUAUUGCUCUUGUUUCCGUUAUUGACAGAGAUAGUGGUAAAAAUGGGGACGUGAGUUGCUAUAUCUCAAAGGAGCUUCCGUUUAAACUGCAAACAAACUAUAAGAAUUAUUACUCUUUAGUGGUCGACGGACCGUUGGACAGAGAGAUCAUAUCUCAGUACAAUGUUUCGAUCACAGCUUCUGAUAAGGGGACUCCGCCUCUCUCCAGCACCAGCGUUAUUACGGUGCAUGUUUCUGACGUGAACGACAACGAGCCUCACUUUCCCGAGCCCUCGAUUAACGUGUAUGUGAAAGAAAACAGUGCCGUGGGUUCUGUAAUCCACACAGUAUCUGCAGUCGAUGUGGAUUCAAACCAAAACGCAAAGAUUUCGUAUUCUUUACUGGGAACAUCGGGCAAAGGCGCACGUUUAUCAUCUGCUGUGAACGUGAACUCUGUCAGUGGGGAAAUAUACAGCCUCCAGAGCUUUAACUUCGAGGAAGAAAAAACAUUACAUUUUCAAGUCCAGGCCACGGACUCUGGUGUUCCUCCACUAAGCAGCAACGUGACAGUGAACAUUUUUAUCCUGGAUGAGAAUGACAACAGUCCUGUGAUUCUCCCACCCUAUUCUGACCAGGGCUCCGUUAAUACUGAGCACAUUCCCUAUUCUGCUGAAGCGGGCUACUUUGUGGCCAAGAUCAGGGCUGUAGACGCAGACUCUGGUUACAAUGCGCUGCUUUCUUAUCACAUCACUGAACCCAAGGGCAGCAGCCUCUUCCGAAUCGGAAGCAGCAGCGGGGAAAUAAGGACUAAGAGGCGAAUGAGUGACAAUGACUUGAAGACUCACCCGCUGGUGGUUUUGAUCUCUGACCACGGAGAACCUUCCCUCUCAGCGACUGUUUCUGUUGAUGUUGUGGUUGUUGAAAGUACAGGUGAAAUACAGACGUCAUUUACAAAUGUACCAAUUAAGGACGAUGGCUUCUCUGAUUUUAAUCUCUAUUUGAUGAUAGCCAUUGUAUCGGUGUCAGUUAUAUUUUUGCUGAGCCUCAUUAGUUUAAUAGCUGUAAAAUGCCACAGAACGGACAGUGGGCUGAACAAGUACAGCGCUCCAGUGAUCACCACACACCCUGACGGGAGCUGGUCUUACUCCAAAUCUACUCAGCAGUAUGACGUGUGUUUUAGUUCUGACACACUGAAGAGUGACGUUGUGGUUUUCCCGACGCAAUUUCCGCCUGCAGACGCUGAUCUCAUCAGUAUUAAUGGAGCAGACACUUUUAAACGGAACCAGACACUUCCCAGCAGCCAGAAGGUAAGAACGAGUUUCAGCCUGUUUGCAUUACUGACUUCGAUAUUUACUCGCAGUGUCAGUCGUGAGAGUAAGAAGGAUUUGCUUUGCUAA